AUGGAAGAAGGUAGCAGAGAAUGGUCACGGUCGAGUAGAGAAGGGGAUGAGGACGAAGCGGCGCUGAUAUGGGCAGCGCUGCAGAGACUCCCGACGUAUGCGCGUAUAAGGAAAGGUGUGCAGUAUUCGGAAGAGAAAGGUGACGCCAGAGAGGUUGAUGUGAUGCAUAUUGGAUUAGCAGACUCCAAAAAACUAGUUGAUAGACUGCUCAAAACUGCACACCAAGACAAUGAGCUCUUUCUGCUCAACAUCAAACGUCGUAUCGACAGGGUUGGGAUUCAUCUUCCGAUUGUAGAAGUUCGUUUCGAGGAGCUUAGUGUUGAUGCUCUAACUUAUGUGGGCACCCGAGCACUCCCAACACUAGCCAACUUCGCUGCUAAUAUCGUCCAGGGUUUAUUGACAAAGCUACAUAUUCUACCUAGUCGAAAGAAACCACUAUCAGUUCUUCAUGAUCUGAAUGGCAUCAUCAGAGCCGGAAGAAUGACUCUACUUUUAGGACCACCUAGUUCUGGAAAAACAACGUUGCUCACAGCGCUAGCAGGAAAACUUGAUCAAGAAUUACAGAUGGUCUCAACUUGUACAUUCUACAUGAAACAAUGCAGUUAA